AUGAGUGGAGUCCACAAAGAUGUGCAUAAUGUGGGAUCACUAAAAACUUCCAUUGUAAUCAUAUGAAUGCAUUACAUAGAAAUACAAGACUCAUGUACACAAUCCACAUUUCGUAGAAGUGAUACUGCUCUUUGAUCAAAUUUCCUGUGGUGCAGUUGUGGCCCCAGAGUAAGAGCAAUCAAGCGAAAAAGUAUUUAUUUUAACUCUGGUCUUGUUUUUCCAAUAUAAUUUAAAAUAGAAUAUGUAAUCAUAAAAAGACAUAUGAUAAACAAGCAUCUCUUCUUUAGUGCAGGAUCAUUAGAGAAAGAAAACACAAAGAUGAAGAUAAUAAUAUUAGCGAUUCUAUUAAGAUUAACUAAAGCAUCCCAGCCGUUAGAAAUAGAUUUCCUGCUACUUUCCUCAAGUAGGUCCUUUAUCUUUUCAUCUCCUUCAUUGAAACUUCAAAUGAAUUCCUUCGUAUUUUUACAAAUAUCCAUAAUUGGUUGAAAAAUUCCCAUCAUCAAGUUCAUCAGGUAACUAUCCUUAGUCUGAUCGAUUCCUUUGCAAUCACUGUCUAACUCAGACCCAAUAAAGGAAUCCCUACUUCCAUACCCAAAACUAUGAAAACUGUUGCGUUUCUGGUUUCUU